AAGCUUCUUUGGGCUUGCUAAGUAGUGUUGCCGUUGGCCUGCCCGCCGCCCCUUCAUUUCUCCUGGUCUUGUUUCGUUUUCCGUUAAUCAACAUGGGCCGUAGCGGCGGAAGCGAGAAGAGCAAGGCCAGGACCGACGUGCGCGGGUCCAUCGCCAGCGUUGCCACCCCGUCCCGUGGCGGCCGGCGCGACGGAGCCGGCGGCGGAUCUGACAACAAGGCGCGCGGCCCAGCCAACGGGCUGGAGGAUCUCAUGAGGCGCAAGGGCGUCGACGAGGCCUGGACCGCUCUCGAGGAGAUGCAGAACCAGGGCACGUCCACGGACAAGUACACAGUCUCCCGCAUGUUGAUGAAGACCGUGGGCGACGGCCGGUGCAAGAUCAACCCGACACGGGUCUACCGCGGUAUCUCCCUGGUGGAACGCUUCAUCGACACUCAGCCCAAGGACGUGGACGAGGUGCUUUUCAAUGCGCUCCUCGACACAUGCUGCCGCCUCAAGGACCUGAACCGCCUUGAGUCCACCCUUGCCCGGAUGCGCGAGCUGAAUGUAUCUCCUUCUCCGGUUACCCUGGGCAUCCUCGUGAAGACGUACGGCCAGGCCGGCGACCUCCAGAAGGUGCUCCAGG